AUGCAAAACAGGAAGGAGCUUGCCGAAGCGGGUCGACGCAAGGACGCGCCCAUUCCGUUUGGAUCCCCCGGGGCUGCCCCCGCUGCCCAAGGUCCGCAGACCAACGGCAACAGCUUUUCGCGGAUCAGCUCUAACGGCGCCCCGCUCCAGUCCUGGAGUGCGCCGUCUGCGGCGCCACUGGUCUAUGGCGCUGAAACCAGUGCUGCACCCGUGUCUGUGCUGGCGCUACCCACGGUUGAAAGGGGCAUUGAAUCGGGUUCUAGCCAGACGCAGGCGCAGCAGCUUGGCCCUAGCGUUGGCGCGGUGGGCUCGGCAGUAGAACCCAGAAGCAACCUGGCAUCUGCUUGGCCUUGGGAGAGCUUAUCUGGGGCCGCGCCGAGCCAACAGGGGGCUCCAUCUGGGCGGACAGCCGCCAACGGCCCUGUGGGAUCGGUCGCUACGGGGCUCAGCGACGAUGCUGCCUUCUUUAGUGACAGUCUGGGCCACAAGGAACCAUUUGGGCAGACGCCACAGGCUGGAGAGCUAUCUUUAUCGUCAACAGAGCGUUUUGGUGCUUCGGCGGCCGGAGCUUCGUCAUCAUCAUCAUCCUCCCUCUUUACCCCUGGCCUGACUGAUUCCGGGAGCAGGCUGCAGCAUGUACACGUGUCGGUCAGUAAUGCCGUCGCGCCGGAGCCAGCCCUUCCGUCCGCUGCCACCACCAACGGCCUAGAUCUGCACGGGGGCGAGCAACGCGCCUGGCAAGCGGCGUCAUCAAACAAAGCGGACAAAGCUUGGGACUCUGACAUCAGCCACAGGGCUCCAUUAACACAGGCCUUUGCAGAGCUCAAGGCUCAGCCCGAUGCCACUCGCUUGGACGCCCAGUAUGCAGCGGCUGCAUCUGGGCAUUCGUUGGGUGCUGAUGGCAUGGGGGUCGUUAGCCAAGCAUCUGCCUCACCCGACCCUGGGCCACUGUCUAAGAUACCUGAUUCUCAGUCGCGACAGCCCACAGCUGGGGAUUCGGCUGAGGCGGCGCCGCCACCUUCAGCAGUGGCAGCAGUAACGCUGGACACGAGCACUAGCACCGGGAUGGGAUAUGGGUGGGCAACGGAGGUGCAUCAGCCAGAGACGCGACCACCGUGGCUGGCUUACUCCGCAGCCGCAGCGCCGUCGAUAUCGACGCCGCCUGUGGCACUGUUCGAAGGGUCCGGCAGUACUAUUACCCCGACGAUCGGCGCGCUUCCAAGUGGUAGUGUCCAUGGCCACCUGGUGGGACACGUGCCGCAACCCGCACCAGAGCUGUCGGGCAGUGCAGCCCAUGACCCGGCCAGUAGCGCCGACGUGCAGCUGGCUACGGCAUCGCUACGGCCUACCGACAAUGCGGGUGUAGCCGGGACCGAGGUGACUUCCUCGGCCUCGGGCCCCGUCGCGGCAGCUGCCGCAAGCAGCGUUCCAUGUUACGAACAAUUGUCGGACAGCUAUCUGGGAACCAGUGGUGCGGACGCGAACGCCCUCUCCUCAGCGGCAGGGCCGGCUCCACCACCGGUACCGCAGGAGGGCCGGUCAUGGCCAUCGGAACGCUUGGGUGAUGGCGCCGCAGCAGCGGGCGUCGGCGCUGCAUCGCCGACCCUUCCUUUCUCUGCGGGUGCAGACGGAUCCGACAUCCAUGCAACGCCCAAUCUCGCGGCAGCCCCGCCCACAGCACCAGCUCCACUGCCGGGACCCACACACGAGCCCGUUGCCAGUCAAGCUGCUGCGGCAGUGGCGGAGGACAUGGACUCGCUGCCGUCCACGACACAACCUGCCCGGUGGACAUCAUACGCUGCCCCUUCAGCCAACGUCUGGACCGGGCCAGGGGUUCACGAAGCGCACCCUCCACCGCCAAGUAACACCUUUAGUUACGGGUCAGCAUCUGAGCAACCCAGUGGCAUCUUGCGUAUGGACGGGGCGCCGGCGUUUGGGAUCAGCAGCACUAGUAGCGUAGGGCUUGCAGGAGGGCUGGAUGCCAGGGACAAUACUGGACCGCAGCUGCCCUCGUUCCUUAGGGGAGUAGCCCAGACGCCAGCAACAACAAUGGGGGUGCAAGAUCGCAGCGCUUUGGCGACGGCGGGACCGCUGAUGCCGGGCGGCUCGUUGGGGCAAUCGCAGGACUCGGUGGCGGCGUCAGGGUUUAUGUCUGAUGCAGCGCCCGAGGAGUUCGUAACCGCUCCGUCGUUCAGCACGUCCUUUCUACCCGCGCCCUUGGGCAGCCUUCCCCCACUGCCUCAGGCAGCAGCGGCACCGCGGCCGCGACCCGCUGGAACCCCCGCACCAGCUACCUCCGUCGCCAAUGGCUCCAUGCCACAUGCUUCCGCUGCCACUACCUACCGCUCCGCCUACACCCCAUCCGCAGUCGGCGAUGUCGCUGCGCCGCACGAGGUCGCUUCUGCCGUCAGUGUUGCUGCGCAUACAAGCUCAACCUCCAGCUUCCUGGAGUCAUACCUGGACAACCUUUUGUCCACUAUGUCCGCAGCGCCGUCCAGGGAGGGACCGGAGGACCCACAUGCCCAGCCGCACAGCCACGCGGCGGAUCCAUUCCCCGGCACGAACACCGCCGGUCGCGGGGGUGCUGACCAAAGCAGUACCGACACGUCCAGGCAUUCCCACCGGGGCGAUGUGUCUGCUGACGCAAGGGGCGUGUCGUCAGGACGGCACGCUGCGCCUGGCUUGGGGGGCGAAGGAGUGGAGGAGGGUUUGGGCAGUGGUGCUGGGACGAUCAGCGCCGGUGGCUUGGUCGCUGGUGUGGGCGGCAUGCUGGAGGGCGCAGGAGGCAGUGGACGCGGCAACGCUCUGCCACAUGUGGAUAGUGUCCCACAGCUACGCAGCCACCACAGCCGGCGUGUUUCCGUUGACUCUGCGGGAGUGUUGUCGUUGCACUCUCAGGCCACGGGAGGCGCGCAUACAGCCGGAGCAAACGCCCACGGCCCUGGGGGGGGCAGCAGCGGCGUCAGCCAAGCGCAGUUCGCGGCGCUGCAGCAGCACAUUGACGAGCUGACCGAAGAGAAGCUGGCGCUGAUGCGGGGGCUGCAGCAGCAGACUCGGAUUAAUGAGCAGCUCGCAGAGGAGAACGAGGAGCUCAUGCGGCAGUACAACGCUCGGGGAGCCGCCAUGGAAGAGCUUCAGCGCAAGAUGAAGCAGUAUGAGCAGGAGCUGGAGGCACAAGCACUGUCGCUGGAGGGCUUCUCCGAGGAGCGCCAGGCAGCACGGAGCAGUUACGUGGAGGCCAGCUCCCGGGCGCAGGCACUGGCAGCUGAGGUAGUCAGCCUGGAGGCGCAGGUGCUGCAGCUCAAGUCUUCAGUGUUGAAAGCGGAGCGUACCGCAGACGAGGCGCAUCAGCGGGCCAGGAAGCUUGAGAAGCAGGUGGAAGUGCUGACCCGGGAGGCCCAGGAGCGGGCUCAGGAGCUGCAGCAGACGCAGCUCAAGGGCCGCAAUUUGGUGGUCAAGCUCAAGCAGACGGAGGCCAAGCUGGAGGCAGCGGAGGAGAAGCUGGCCUUGCAAGCUGCCUUGGCCGGGACGAGCUCCGUCCUGCCCAACGGCCACCUGCCGCCAGCGGCGCAGGCUCCGCCGCCCAAGCCGCCAACUGCCGAACAGGAGGUCCAGUGCGACUUGGCGUCCGAGUUGGCGGCGACGGUGGAGGCGCCGCCACAGAGCGGCGGCGGUUCUACCUGCAACCUUCGUAGCGAGGACGUUGCCAUCGCAGCGGCUAUUGACCAGAGACCAGAUUGCACCGCGGAUGGUGCCUCCACCAGCAGCGGAGCUCCCGCUGAUGCCGCUGGUGCGGGCCCGCUGGCGCUCGUGCGGCAUCCGUCGGCGGCCGUCAGCACCGACAUCCCUGACACGCCGGAUCAGUUGUUACGAGUCGACUGGGAGGCGGUACGGCCGCAACGUGAUGCGCCCAGCACUGUGGUAGCCGAGCGGGCCCUGGCCUGCCUGGACGAUCAGGCGUUACGGGCCGCAGCACGGGGCCGCUUGCCAGAGGACCUGGAUGCAGUGGCGCUGCAGCUGGCGCGGUGGCUGCCUGCGGGCCCGGUGAGCGGUGGCGACCCGAUGGCGGUGAUGGUUGAGGAGGAGCUGCGGCUAAUGCAAUCAAUCUACGAGCUGAUGGAGAACUUUGAGCAGUCGCAAGAGGCCACAGCACGUCAGGUCGUGGAGCUGCAGGCGCGCGUUGUAUGCUUAACAAGGGAGAACGAAGAGCUGCGGCACAAGCUGGAAUUGCAGACGCAGCGGCUCGAGCUGCAGAUGCAGGGCACGACUACAGGACCGCCUCUUUCUUUGCACCAG